UUAAGUGUUAGUAACACAAAUAAUUGGUUUGUCAGAGCAGAGUUUCGAUUAUUUAGAAAUGUUCGGCGUAUCUGACAAGUUGAAACUGAGAUUCUAGAGUGACAAGCUUAACAAGUAGUUUCUGAAGUUGUUGUUGACGUAAGACCUGUUUGUCUGCGGUUGAAUCACCUCCGAGACUGUCUUACGAUGUCAGGUGGGCAGGUGACUGGCUUUUGGGGAAACAAGUAUUAAAUGUACGCUGGACAAAGAAACACAAAUACUCUAGUGGGUUUUCACAAAUGCCACAGCCUGAGAUUUCAUUAGGUAGCCGAGGUCAAAUUUAUGUAGUAUGGCGGACGUGUUCUUGUCUUCUGAUGCAAGAUCUUUGCUGGAGAAUAAAUAUGUCAUAAUUAUGGGGGAUUCUGUUCAGAGGUCAAUCUACAAGGACUUUGUGUGUAUGCUACAGCAGGAUCAGUAUUUGACAGAUAAGCAGCUUCGCUGUAAAGGGGACUUGAACUUUUUGAAGGACACCCUGAUCGAGGGCGGGAAGUUGGCGACUCUCAGCAAUAGCGCUGGAUAUCGUGAAAUGAGAGAGUACCACACGGACUACCACCUGAUCAAAUUCUACUUCAUCACCCGUUGUUACUAUAGUUACGUGGAAAAAGUCCUGGAGUCUGUCACGUCCCAGGACCUAAAGCCCGACAUCUUCAUCUUGAAUUCUUGCGUGUGGGACAUAAGCAGGUAUGGGCCAAAUGGUGUGGGAAAAUACAAAGAGAAUCUCCUGAAGCUGGUGAAAAAACUGAAAAGUGCUUUGCCGGAGGACUGCCUGGUCAUCUGGAACACGACGUUACCUAUUUCCAGUGAUGCGAAAGGUGGUUUUCUUGUACCUGAGGUAGAGUUCAUGACCAGCUCUCUCCACCUUGACAUACUACAGGCCAACUUCUUCGCUCAGAAAAUCAUGACGACUGCCGGAUUUGAUGUCCUUGACCUUCAUUAUUACCUACGUCACCACAUUCAUCGGCGUGCUGAGGACGGAAUCCACUGGGACAUGACGGCCCAUCGGCGCAUCACAAACCUUCUUCUGACGCACAUCUCUGAGGCCUGGGGGAAGGGGUUACCCAGAAAUGUGGACCAGUAUACAUCUAUUGACACAGAGUUCCUCGCCCAGACUUUGGUUGACAAUGAGGCCAACAACAACAAUGUAGCUCAGGAGAUAGCUCAGCGCCCUAAGGUAAAGGCUCGACGUCGCAAGGGGGCCACGAACAAAAACUCGCCAUUCGUGAACAUGAUGAACAUGAUGAACAAGAGACAUAAGAGCCCGUCUAUUAACAUGGAGAACGCUAUGAUGUCAAGUGAUUCUGUAAGGAUGGUAAAUGCCCACUCCCCACUUGCACAGAAUGCCGUCAAUGGUGUACACUCAUCCUUUGAGCUUCAGGCCCAAAUCAUGACCAUGAAUCGGGUUAAAGCAGCCUUCAUUCAGAACGGCAACAUGGCAGGCUCCGGUGUGGUGCCUAACAGGUCCUUCUCCUCUGGCAGCAUGAACCUCCCCAUGAUGGUGGAUCCCCAGGAGAGAUAUGGUGGGCCCGUCAACCGUACCCCAUACAACCACCUCGAACCUACUGUGUGGACUCAUGCCCACAGAUCCCCGUAUGCAUGGCAGACUCCUUGCAUGGAUCCCCUUGCGAUGUCCUCCAUGAGGUCACCGCACAUGCCCCCUCUGUGUGUGGAUAAUCAGUUGUGGUACCCCUCGGGAAUGGGGUCACCAGACAUUUAGCCAUGAAAAUGGGAACAAUUUCAGGUACCUUGUGAAAGCUACAUGUAGUGCUUAAUACCUGUGUUUUGAUAUCAGCUUUUCAAAUGAAGCAGUGAGCAUAACAGAACAUACACCAAGACUUCACAUUCUACAAGACAAUCUAGAACAUUGGAAGACAAUCUGGAACACUCCACAAGAUAAUCUGGAACACUCCACAACACAAUCCAAAACGCUCCACAACACAAUGCAGAACAUUGCACACCAUAAUCCAAAAUAAGACAAUCCAGAACAAUCUACUUGACAAUCCAGAACACCAGACAUUCCAAAACACUUUGUAAUCCCGAAUACUGUAAGACUCCGCAAGAUAAUCCAGUAACACUUCACAACACAAUCCAAAACACUUCACAACACAAUCCAAAACACUCCACAACACAAUCCGACACACUCCACAAGACAAUCUAACACACUCCACAACGCAAUCCAACAAACUCCACAACACAAUCCAAAAUAAUCCACUCGAAAAUCCAAUAUGUUCAAUAAGACAAUCCAGAACACUCCACUUGAAAUCCAGAACACAAUUCAGUACACACCACUGGACAAUCCAGUAUAUUCCACAAGACAAUCCAGUACAUUCCACAAGACAAUCCAGUAAAUUCCACAAGACAAUUCAGAAGACUUCACAAGACAAUCCAGUACAUUCCACAACGCAAUCCAGAAGACUCCAUAACACAAUCCUGUACAUUCCACAAGACAAUCCAGAAGACUCCACAACACAAUUCAGAAGACUCCACAAGACAAUCCAGAAGACUCCACAAGACAAUCCAGAAGACUCCACAACACAGUCCAGUACAUUCCACAACACAGUCCAGUACAUUCCACAACACAAUCCAGUACACACCACAGCAAAAUCCAGAAGACUCCACAAGACAAUCCAAUACAUUCCAGAACGCAAUCCAGAACAGUGGAAGACAAUCUGGAACACUCCACAUUACAUUCCAGCAUUUAAAUUGCCUUUUUAACAAUAUGUUAUGAAAAAGAAUGUCUUGAGAUACUAAUUUGCUUUCAUUUACAUGUGAGUACAAGCCGGUGCAAAAUACGUGUUGUAUGUUAAAUAACAUGUAAUUAAGGUUGAUUUUGAUUUGAUGCAGUUGAAAUUAUCUGUUGUCUUGUCAGCUG